AUGAAUUCUUUAUACGUUUAUAUUAAUUUUUUACGAAAACUAACAAGAAUGUUAAUGAAAUAUAAUGUCAAUUAUUUAUUAUAUUAUGCCUUUAUACGUUAUGUACUUUUGAGGUGGAAAACAUUAAUUGAUACAAAACUUAAGUCUAAUAUUCUAUCUGAUACUGCUUUAAGGAAUUUAGUAAAACAAUUUUAUAAUGAAGAAAACUAUUACAUAGAUUGUAAUUCUUGUUUACUGACAAAUACAAAAUGUUUUAAUACAACUACACCAACUUGGUUCUAUGUAUGCUCUACAAAUUUUUGGAAAAAGUACAAAGUAUUAGUUGUACCUGUAAACAAUACUAAUGCAAAUGAAUUAUUUGUAUCAGAAACUAUGAAAUAUAAUAUAGAGAAUGCAUUGGGUUGUGCUGUUGAUAAAUGUUUUUUAUUUUCAGCAAAUGACACUAUCAACUUUGCUAAAGAGAUUAAAGUUUCUAUGAUUUCUAAUCCAUAUGAGAGUUCAGAUAGUUUAAUAAAUGCUCUGUUAGAGAACUAUUUUUCUGAACCUAAAUUUUUAAAUAAAAGUGAUUUAUUUGGCAUUGAUAUAAAAGAACAUAUAUUGGAUCAAAUGUAUUUACAUACCAAUCCUUUAAUGUCUGUGAUAUAUUUUAAAGUUAACUCUAUUAUAGUUGACGAUAAUAAAGAAUGCAUAGUUAGUAAUAGUUCUUAUAUUUUACGUGGAGAAACAUCACUUAUUCUAGAACCAAAUAUACAUAGUUAUCUACCUCAAAAAUAUUUUCAUUGUGAUCAAACCAAAGAAAAGUAUGUAGAGUCAUAUCCACCAAAUUUAGCAGCACCUCUGGACUAUUUAGAACAUUGCAUUUUACCAUUCAUUAAAUGUGAUACUCAAUUGCCCAUAAAACCAAUGUUCCUUAUCAAGGGGUCACAGGGUUCAAAUAAACGCAAAUUAGUUCAAAUUGUGGCUGAAAAAAUAGGCUUAAAUUUUCUCAAUGCAGAUUUUGCUGAAGUUCAAGCAUUAACAUCAGCACAGACAGAGGCUAAACUACGUAUUGUAUUGCACAAUGCUGAACAAUCUGUACCAUGUAUUCUUUGUUUAAAUAACAUAGAAGUAUUUGGGAAAAAUUCUGAAGGCCAGAAAGAUGAAAGAAUUAUAUCAACCUUUGCAAACGAAAUAAAUUCAUUGUACAAUAAACGUUUGAAAUAUCCAGUUAUUAUAGUAGCUACCACAAGUGAAUCGGAAAUACCAGCAGAAUUAAACAGAAUUUUUCUUGAAACAAUUCAAAUGGAACAUCUAGAUCAGAACGAAAGAUCAGAUUUAAUUUCGUGGUUACUCGCAAAGCGAAAUCUUGAUUAUCAAGUAAACUUAUCGAAGCUGUCUGGAAUGUGUUCGGACUUCAGGUAUUCAGACUUAUCGGCGCUUAUAUUGCACGCCAUAAAAUUUCACUGCAAAAAUAACGUUUCCGACCUAAAGCCCUUAACACUUUCUCAAGAAGAUUUUGACCAAGCUUAUGAAUACAUGCAGUCGAUUUAUACAGACUGCAAGGGAGCACCGCGUGUACCAAAAGUUUUUUGGGAAGAUAUAGGCGGCUUGGCGAAUUUAAAACAUGAGAUAAUGCGUCGAAUCCAGUUACCAUUGAUGAACGCUCUAGGAUUUGGUCAGUCUGGGUUACUUUUGUACGGACCACCUGGAACUGGAAAGACACUUCUCGCUAAGGCUGUAGCGACAGAGUAUCAACUUCACUUUUUAUCUGUUAAGGGUCCUGAAGUGUUGAAUAUGUACGUUGGUCAAAGUGAAAAAAAUGUUAGGCAAGUAUUCGAACGAGCAAGAGCCGCAGCACCGUGUAUAAUAUUUUUCGACGAGCUGGAUUCGUUGGCACCUAAUCGUGGACGAAGUGGCGACAGUGGAGGUGUUAUGGACCGCGUGGUAUCCCAAUUGCUCGCUGAAAUGGAUGGCCUCGACUGUUCUAACAGUAUAUUCAUUAUAGGAGCCACGAACAGGCCUGAUCUCAUAGAUCCUGCUCUCCUUAGACCUGGUCGAUUCGAUAAAUUAUUAUACGUUGGAAUUCAUUCUGAUCGUGAAUCGCAGCUUAACGUGUUAAAGGCACUGACUCGUAAAUUCACGUUCAGCGAAAACGGUGAUGAAUUGGAAAAGCUGAUAGAUCAAUUACCCGAUCACACGACCGGUGCUGAUUUGUACUCUGUUUGUUCUAAUGCAUGGUUAAACGCUGCGCGUAGAGUUUUGGACAAUUACAACGACGGUUCUAACGAAGUGAAAUUAGACGAAUACAUUGCGGUAGAGUUGGAGGAUUUCUUAAAAGCCACACGAGAAUUGAAUCUUUCGGUUAGCAAAGAAGAGGCAGAAAGAUACAGAAGAAUGCAAGCAGAAUUGUCUUCGGUGUCGUAAUGUGCUUUACGCUAUGACGAAUCCGGGUGAAACUUUUUCCAAUCUUAUAAACGACAUGUCAUUUUAUUUGGGGAAAUAUGUAAAACAAUUUUUACAACGAAUAGAUUAAAAUCAAAGGAGGGUAUCUACGUUCUACCCUAAAUAUUGCACCAAAACGAUUAAUCUUAUAUACUAGUGCGCGACAAAGAACGUAGCAGUGCCGAAAACGUUUUCUCGAGAGCACGGUCUAUAAGAAAUGGUUCCAUAUCACGUGCCUAUCCUUGAUACAUUACAGUUUCUAUCGAUCGAAAUGUACAAUGUAGAAAAAGUGCAAUAGCUGAAUUCACGGAGCACUUGUACAAGUCUAUAUGAGUUUUCGUAAUGAAGGCUGAUGGUUGGUCUUG